AUGAAGGACGAACUCAUUGUCGGCAAAGCUCUGGCUGAAGUACUACCCAAAACCGAUAAAUAUUGGUUCCAAGUGCCGCAUCUGCUUAAGCUCAACCUCAUACUACUGGUUCCUCUGAUCUCAAGCUCAGUCGCUGGAUAUGAUGGGUCGCUAAUGAAUGGCUUGCAAGCCCUUCCGCAAUGGAGAGAGUAUUUCGGAAAUCCGACAGGAGCACUCCUUGGACUUGUCAACGCGGCGCAGUCGAUCGGAUCUGUUCUCGCUUUGCCGAUAGUCGGGACCUUCUCCGAUCGCUAUGGGCGUAAAGCAGUCCUGCUGACCGGCAUCAUCGGGGUCAUGGUAGCCACAGUAGUCCAAGCCACCGCGACGACUCUCGCUCAAUUCGUUGUUUCCAGGCUCGUCGUCGGAGCUGCCGGAAUGUUUGCCGCUCAACCAAGUCCAUUACUGCUGGCUGAGCUCUCGUACCCUACCCAUCGAGGCAAGUACACGAGCGCUUACUGGACCCUUUACUACCUUGGCGCGAUAUUGGCCUCCUGGACCACCUUUGGCACGCAGGACUAUGCGAACAGCUGGUCGUGGCGCAUACCCAGUAUCUUGCAGGCCGGCUAUCCCGCCGUCCAACUGGCAUUCUUCAUCUUCCUGCCCGAGUCGCCGCGUUGGCUCGUCAGUAAAGGUCGAAAUGACGAGGCUCUGAACGUUCUAGCAACGUUCCACGCAGACGGCGACACACAGAGUCCCUUGGUGAUCAGAGAAAUGGGCGAGAUUGUCGACACUAUCAGAUUGGAACAGGAGUCCAAAGCCACAGGCUGGAGCACACUGGUAGCGACUCCCGGAAACCGCAAGAGGCUAUUCAUCGCUGUUGCCUUGGGAUCAAUGGCUCAGUGGAACGGCAUAGGCGUGGUGUCGUAUUACUUGACCUUGGUUCUGAAUACGGUAGGGAUUACGGACCCCUUCAUGCAGACCUUGAUCAACGGGCUGUUGCAGAUCUUCAAUUUCAUAGUCGCUUUAGGUGCCGCUUUUUGUGUCGAUCGACUCGGCAGACGGACACUCUUCAACAUGUCUGGGGUUAUUAUGCUGCUCUCAUACAUUGUCUGGACUGCUUGCUCAGCGGUCAAUAACGAAACCGGAUCGCAGCCAGCAGGGAUCGUGGUCAUCGUUUGCCUGUUUGUGUUCUACUUCGGCUACGACUGCAGUUACACCCCGUUGUUGAUGUCUUAUCCAACAGAGAUCUUUCCGUUUUCUAUCCGAUCCAAGGGCUUGACGUGCGAGCUGCUGUCCAUCUACUGCUCUUUGGUAAUCGCAGCAUUCGUAAAUCCGAUCGGGCUGGAAAAUAUCGGUUGGCGAUACUAUAUCGUGUUUUGCUGUCUUCUGGUUAUAUUCCUUGCCAUAACGUACUUUGUCUUCCCAGAGACCCGUGGUCACAGUCUUGAGGAGAUAGCAGAGAUAUUCGAUGGCCCAAGAGCCGUUGAUGUCGAGGCCAGCACAGAAAAGAUCAGCAAGGCCUUCGCGGAGGGGCAUUCAGAAGAACGCAUCGAUCGAGUCCCACUCUGA